CGAGGCUGGUCUUGGUACAUGAGAGAUCUACUAGAUAAAAGAAGCCUAGAUGAGGAACACUUCUACCAGCCUGCCUCUCAUGAUCCCAGACCUAGAGAUGUACCGUUGAACACUCGGAACCAUCCAACGCAGAUCGCUCAACAGUUGAAUUCACACACCUACAUAUCACCGAAUGAUGACGUGUUCAACUCACAAACCUACCUAGCACCAAAUGAUGUGUUUAACUCACACACCUACACAGCACCGAAUGAUGACGUGUUCAACUCACAAACCUACCUAGCACCGAAUGAUGUGUUCAACUCACAAAUCUACCUAGCACCAAAUGAUGUGUUUAACUCACACACCUACACAGCACCGAAUGAUGACGUGUUCAACUCACAAACCUACCUAGCACCAAAUGAUGUGUUUAACUCACACACAUACGCAGCACUAAAUAAUGAUGUACUUAACUCACAAAGCUACCUAAUACCCAAGGAUGUAGCUUUUAUCUCAUACACCUACUUGACACCUUACGAGAAGCCAAAAGAUGAACUGUUUUACUCACACACUAAUCUGCCAAACGUGGGCGCUCCGUCGGAAGUGUUUUAUGAACACGUUAUCUGAAUAUUCUGCCAUGGGUCUAAAUAUUCUAUGAACAAGUUAUCUGAACAUUCUGCCAUGGGUCUAAACCUUUUAUGAACAUGUUAUCUGAACAUUUUGCCAUGGCUCUAAACCUUCUAUGAACACGUUAACUGAACAUUCUGCCAUGGGUCUAAACCUUCUAUGAACACGUUAACUGAACAUUAUGCCAGGGGUCUAAACCUUCUAUGAACACAUUAUUUGAACAUUCUGACGUGGGUCUAAACCUUCUAUGAACACGUUAUCUGGACAUUCUGCCAUGGGUCUAAACCUUCUAUGAACACGUUAUUUGAACAUUCUGCUAUGGGUCUAAAUCUUCUAUGAACACGUUAUGUGAACAUUCUGCCAUGGGUCUAAACCUUCAAUGAACACGUUAUCUGAACAUUCUGACGUGGGUCUAAACCAAGAGAACAAUCUAUCACACACAACUGGCUCACGUAAUUGUUUUGGUCAAGAGUCACAAACUUGAUUAUAAAGUUAAAAAAAAACAAACAUGAAAAAAUAUGUUUUAUGCUGUUCGCUUUAUUGUGCAUGCUAUUUGGAUAAACAAUUUUUGUCGAUAAAUUCGACUCAAAGUAAUUAAAACACGCUAAUUUUAAGAUAUGACAAGAUUGAGUGGUUUAGCACAAUUCUUUUUUUUUUACGAUACACACAUGUGAUUUUAUUUAAAAAAGUAUCUAAAUUACAAUAUUUUAAAAAAAAUGCAACAAGUGUUUAUUUUUAAUAAUUUUAACACUUGCUUUUACAAAUGUACAUAUUACAAAGAAGUCAAUGUAUUACUUAAUUCAAUCGAUCAUCUCCUAACCUAAGUUGUCGUGAGGAACCACAUUUGAUUUCUUUUAUUAUUUAGUGCUUGCAAGAUAAGAUUCUAAUUUUUAAAAACAGUCAUACCAAACUCGCUGUGUUUACUUAAUUAGGAACUCUAUUUUGUUUAUUUGAUGUGUUGCUACAUAAACACAACAUAUCAAAUUUUAACGCGUUACCGAUUGGAAAAUGUUAACACGAUACAGCGUGGUAAAACAUUAAAACAAUAAAAUGUAAUGCAUACAAAAAAUUAAUGAUUAUAAGAUAUCAUCAAUGUAAUAAAGAAAUAUAAAUAUAAUGUUUAUUCUCUAUGCAUUGCCUUGACACGAAAUAGCUUAAUAUUAUGUUUGUUUUA